AUGGAGGUUGAGCCGCCGGUUCCAGUUGUGCCUGCAGAUGCCUUGACCGCGUCGCCUCGUGCACGCCGCCGCCGCUCCUUGCCCUCUGCCACCGAUGGCCCGUCCAAAAAGCGCUCUCCGAACCAUGUGCGGCCCCAGCCUGCCUCGCCCGAGGUCAUAUCCUCCCUCAUCGACUCCCUGUCUGCCAUCUCCCUUCCGGCCCACACCCACUUCGAGAACUUCCCCUCCGUCCAUGGCGGUAGCGUCUCGACUCCCGCAAGUCCCUUCCAGACACACUUCAACGGCGACCCACUGGCCUACAAUGGAGCCACGGGAAUCGACCCUGCGGCUAAUCGCCAUCCGAGAGAUAAUGACCUCCUCUACCCUGACGAUGCUGCCGAACCUCCUGUAGUACGAACCUCGAAACCUCCCUCGGGCCUAUCACCAUUGACCGCCCCGAAGCCUGCAAAGAAAGAGAAGGAACACUCGCUGAAGAACUACAUGCGUGCAGGUUGCGAGAGCACGACGUCUCUGCAAUCCGUGAAGUCAAUUAGAUCUGUCAGUAGUAUUGGGAAUAUAAGCAUUGAAGCUGGGAUACCGCGCCACUCUACUGCUAGUCGAACUUCGUCUGAUAGCAAGCGGAGCGCUCGGGGGACUAGAGGCUUGAUGUAUAUGAGUUCUAGGGAGAAGCUGAAGGGGAAGGACACCGAUCGAAAGCGACAGUCAGCCCCUCUUAGUAUUAACGCUAGCGGCUCGUACGGAUCUGAUCUGCUGUCUGCGCCGAAGGCAGGCAUCAUGCCACCGAGUCCAAAACACAUUCCGACUGAAGAGCCGAUUGAUGAAGAGCCAGUGGUCGCAGAGUCGUCCAGAUCCGCAGAACGGUACAACCAGAGAGGAGCCAGCCCACUGCGCCAUGGAGUUGCAUCUAGGAGCAGCGAUGAACACGAUAGCCCUACUAGACGUGGACUGAUCCCAGAGCGCCAAUCGUCGCUGCGACACCACGAAAGCCCAUCGCGCAAAGGCAAGCGGGGCCAUACCCGUCGCGGCAAGAGCCACGACUCGUCUAAGACCAAGACUGUGUUAGAGGAGGACGAAGUCGAAAUGAACCCCGAGGACAAGAUCCUUAAGGAGCUUGAAGCUGAAGAAAAUGAAGUGGCCCGAAGGAUCAAGGAGUUGAAGGAGCGAAAGCAGAUGCGGGAAAAGUCUGCCGGCAAAAUGCCCGUGGGCAUGGCUGCAGGGGACUCUCGAAGCGUCUCGCGAGUUUCACCAAUUACGAGCCCACCGCUGUCCCCAGCCUCAACUGUGUCAAGCGUGUCAGAAAUACGUGCACAGGACCAAAAAGCCGCCAAAGCGCAUAAAGUGUUGGGCAUUUCCUCGUCACCAAUCCCCCCUCCCAGGAGGACGUCAAGGAUUCCCAACUUGGCUGAGCAGCGCGAACUGCUCAAGCAAUUGGGAGAACAGAGCGAUGCAGAGGAGAAUACACCCCUCCCAAUAAACUACCAAUUGGCUUUGCAGGCCCUGGAGCGGCCGUCUUCACCCCCAGCAAGCGCUACCUCAUCGAGCAAAGGCAGCAAACCCAACAGUGUCGGCACCCCAGUUCGGUCCAAAUCGGUUGCCGUGGGUGGGCGCUCUGCGGCAUCAAGAAAGAAAACCCACUCAAUGAUCAUGGGCGCAGCUACGCAGCCUAGAGUUACCUCUUCUGAGUUCCCACCAUUAAGCACUACAUCGAGCCAGAGCACCAGCGAGGACUACUUUUCCACCGUCGGAAGUCGCCACCUAUCCUUAAAUCUGUCACCUUCGUCCGCGCCAACUAAUGGGUCAAAGAAGAAGCGCUGGUCUCAUCCCGAUAUACCUCUGAAAGCAGAACAGAUGCACAACGCGGAAGUAGAACGCGGCGCUGUGAAACCCCCUCCGCGUCCUGUUAUCGAAGAGAGACCGUCAAGUGUAGACUCGGUCGACCUUGCCGUAGAAGCCUACCUCGACUCCCCACGUCUGUCGCAAAAGGUUCGCCAUCCCCAGACUGGCCGGGUAAUUUGCUUUUCCGAAGUUGGUGACCCCCGUGGAUUUGCUGUCUUCUGUUGUGUUGGCAUGGGUUUGACGAGAUAUGUUAUGUCGUUCUACGACGAGCUGGCACUAACGUUGAAGUUGAGGUUGAUAACAGCAGAUCGGCCCGGGGUCGGUGAGAGUCAGUCUGACUCGAAUGGGACACCGUUGAGCUGGCCAGAUGAUGUCCUAGUCAUUUGCCAAGCGCUGGGCAUUACCAAGUUUUCUCUUCUUGCUCAUUCGGCUGGCGCGGUGUAUGCCCUUGCCGCUGCGCUCCGGAUGCCUCAGCAAAUCCGCGGUAGAGUACAUCUGUUGGCUCCCUGGAUUCCACCAUCCCAAAUGGCUCCAAUUGGAGUUCAUCAAGACGCACCACCCGGCGGCCAGCUUCCUAAAUCCCAGCGCUUCCUCAGGACCCUACCGCCAUCGCUUUUGAAGAUUGCGAAUUCAUCCUUCCUAAGCACAACCAGUGCCAGCAUUACGCGCAACGUACCAAAAACCCCUAACAAGAAAACGCGCAAGUCUACGCACGCCCCGGUGCAACAAGCCCCCGUCAAAGACACCCGUAGAGAGUCCAUAAUGCUCAUGGACCAGGUCUUGCCCACUGGCAGUGCCCUGUCUCUGGCUGCCAACAACCCAACAGAUCCCCACCACGAGACUGCUGUGCACAUGAAAAAAGUCUUGAGUAUUGCGGAACGGGAACGACGCAACGCCUUCGACGAGCGUCUCACCUUCGCUAUCUGGGACCGUGCCACCUCUAAUGCCAACCCAGCUACCGAUCUGAUGGUAUGCCUCGAGACGCGGCAGACGAUUGGGUUUAGAUACGAAGAUAUAACCCGCGGCGUCGUCAUCCACCACGGCAGCAAGGACUCGCGCGUGCCUGUCGACAACGUGCGCUGGCUCAGCCGUCUCAUGCGCAGAUGCGAGGUCCGCAUCAUCGAUGGCGAGCAGCAUGGUCUCAUGGCCAGUGCUGUUGUUAUGGGCAAUGUUCUCACUGAAGUCGCGAAAGAGUGGGAAGACUGGACCGCUGUGGUGCAGGCCGGUGGCAAGAACGCCGACAAGCGUGGCUCGCACUAGCCUUUCUUCGAUCAUUGCAUUAUACCUCUACGCCUCUUUUAAUCCUGCGGACGUUUGUACGGAACUUAUGAAGCAUUUGCGGAAACGGACAGGAGAGACAUUCGACACGGUCCAUUAUACGACCUUGUUCUCAAGACCUUCACGCUAUAUCACGAGCUCCCUGAUUCCCGGACUUUAUCCUG